UGUUUUGUUGUUUUUGGCUGCAAGACAAGGAUUAUUAGGAAGUACCCUGCAGAGCUGACUGUGGCACUCAUUCGCUGUAUCUUUGUGGCCAUCGUAUCUGUCAUCGUCUCGUUAAUUGCAGAGAAAGACCCAAAUGCUUGGAAAUUGAGCCUCAAUAUGGAGUUGAUCGCUAUAGGAUACUCGGCACUGUUUGCAAUUACAAUCCGAGCAAGUGUUGUUCUAUGGGCAUGUCGUGAGAAAGGGCCCGUGUAUGUAGCCAUGUUUAAGCCCCUUGGUAUAUUCAUUGCGGUUGUCACGGGGAUUACUAUUCUUGGGGAUACUCUUUAUCUUGGAAGUGUGAUUGGGGCGGCAAUAAUAGUUCCUGUGUUUUAUGCUGUGAUAUGGGGGCAAGCUCAUCAAGAGAAAAAACUGGUUGAAGAUCCUCCAAUUAGUAGCCUUGAGUCAUCUUCAUCUUCUCCUAGCGUUCCUCUUUUACAGAAUAAAAGCAAUGAAUUAUAGAUUUCUUUCAAAAAGAUGAUAGAAGCUAGCUCAUUUAAAGCCUUCCUCUACGUAUUUGUUGCUGAAAAUUGUAAUUGAUUAGCCAUAAACAUGCGUUAUGUGCUAUAACAACUAAAAUUAUUAUACAAUAAAUAAAACCUUUAAUUAAAACGUA